GGCCGCGAAAGAGAUCGAGAGAGAUGGGCAGCGGGAUCAUGGAAAGGCAUUCAAACCGACCCAACUGACGAUCUUCCACCUCCAGGCAAAGAAGAGGAAGAAGACGACGUUAAGGGAGGAGAAAGCUUCAUGCAUUGGAUAUUCCUAUAUUCUUGGUCUCACCUAGCUGCUUCCCACUUCCUUAUCUACCAUCACUUCGAUUGGUUUGUUCGAUUCCCAGAAAUUUCUUUCUUUAUUGGUGCGUCUGAUAGGUCUUGCACCGCUGGUCACCGAGAUUGUGUAUUUAUUAGGUGUUUUUUUAUUGCACUAAGGGUGUCGGUAUGACUCUUUCUGGGUUGAGAAUGAAAUUCAGUUUAUCCUACCUGUCUUGCUGUUUUGCUGAGAUUAGCUUGAAUACAAUUGCAGGCUGUAGGAUUGGGAUCCUUUCGGUUAGUUCAGAGCUGAAGAACAUUUGGGAUCUGCUUUGUUUGGGAGCCCUGAAACUGGAUCAAUUCUAAUCCAUUAGCCCAUUCUGAAAUUGGUUUGCCCAGAGGGUCUCAAAAUGGAAGAAGGCUUCAACUUUCUUAAGCUUUGGUGGAAUGGGUAUCAAAUAGAGAUCCACAUAUGCUGAUUUUGAAUAGGGUAGUACCAGAGUUUCUUUCUUCCAAUUCAUUGCUAAGUUUUAUAGUUGUGACGGUAUCAUAUCAAGAUGGAGGAUACCGAGGUCCGGGACUUGUUAAGUGAUCUUCCACACAGCAUCUUGGAGAGCAUUCUUUCCAGAUUGCCCAUAAGGGAUGCUGUAAGCUCAAGUAUCUUGUCAACCAAAUGGAGGUACCGUUGGACUACUCUUACCCAUCUAGUCUUCGAUGACAACUGUGUUCAAACCUGCAAUGAUCGGUCGCUGCUCGAGGGCAAUCUUAUAAGCUUCAUUACUAGGACAUUGUUUCUCCACCAAGGCCCUAUUCACAAGUUCCAGCUCAGUACUUCGUAUUUGCAAUGCUGUCCUGAUAUUGAUCAGUGGCUGCUGUUUCUUUCAAGAAGUGACGUCAAGGAAUUGGUUCUUGAACUUGGAGAGGGAGAAUGGUUCAGAAUACCUUCGUGUCUUUUUAACUGCAAGAAGUUGACCCGUUUGGAGCUAUGUAGAUGCGAAUUCGACCCACCGCCGAGUUUUAAAGGCUUUCUCUAUUUAAAAAGCCUCAAUCUUUAUCAGGUUCUUGUUGGUCCGGAGGCAAUCGAAAGCCUUAUCUCGAGUUGCCCGGUCUUGGAAAGUCUUUCAUUAUCGUAUUUCGAUAGUUUAGCUCUAACUGUUCGUGCUCCAAAUCUUAAGUACUUGUGCUUGGAAGGUGAAUUCACAGAUAUAUGCCUUGAGAAUACUCCACAAUUGCUUGCAAUGUCGGUUGCUAUGUAUAUGACUGAAGACACUGCUGAGCACUUUGAGCAAAGCUCCAGUUGCAACUUCAUGAAGUUUCUUGGUGGUGUUCCUCUUCUCGAGAGGCUUAUUGGCCAUAUCUACUUUACAAAGUAUUUGAGUGUAGGUAAUCGUCCAGGAAAACUCCAAAUUACAUACAGCCAUCUCAGAGUUAUUGAACUAUAUCAAGUUAGUUUCGAAGAUAUGAAAGAGAUUCUUGUUGUACUUCGCUUGAUCACCAAUGCUCCUAGCUUAACCGAACUCAAAAUUUCUGGCUCUUCACAUACCUCAGCUGCUACGGAAGCCACUGACUUGGCAUUCUGGGCAAAAGAAUGCCCUAAAGAUUGCACUUUUAAACAGCUCAAAUGUGUGACGAUGACUGAAAUGUCCGGUGUGCCCCACGAGAUGGAGUUCAUCAAGUUCUUGCUUGCAACUUCGCCAGUGCUGGAGGAGAUGAGCAUAUCGCCUUAUGUGUAUGUCGUGGACUGCAGAUUGAACAUGUUGAUCGAGUUGCUCAAGUUCCGCCGUGCUUCUGGUCAAGCUAAGAUCUUAUUCGUCCAAGAUUAACAUUUACUUACAUUUCAUGUGAACUCUGACUUCAGUGUUAAUUUCCUUUUUAUUCUUUUCAUUCUUGUAGAUAGACGAUAGUUCAUGCAUGCAUGCAGUUGCUCUUACUCUGUACAGACAGCAAUAAUACGGAAAUACCAGUUUCCUUUAACUUACUGAAUAAGAAAUGACUUAUCAAAAGAAGUUUGCUGCUAGUUCAUUUCUCUUUCGAUACAGAUCAAUUUAGGUGCUAAAUUAUAGAGUGUG